AUUUUAGGGACUAGUUUGAAAUUUCACCUUUUUAGCUAAAGAAAAAUCAAAGAAGCCCUAACAAACAAACAAAAGGCUCUCUCUCUCCGCCGCCGGCAAAAAAAUACCAUCGCCGGCGAAUCUCAGAAGGCUUUCAUCAUCUCCCUAGAUUAUUAAUUCAAUGGCAACCAUGGCUAGGUCGUUUUUGCAGGCGAUAUCGAAGGACGAGGCGGUGGCUCCUCCGCUCAGAGUUGUUCAGAUCGAAGGACUGGCUGUGCUGAAGAUAAUCAAACACUGCAAGGAGUUUGCACCUACGCUUGUCACAGGACAGCUUCUUGGACUUGAUGUUGGUAGUGUUCUUGAAGUCACCAAUUGUUUUCCUUUCCCUGUGAGAGAUGACGAUGAAGAAAUUGAAGCGGAUGGUGCUAACUAUCAGCUUGAGAUGAUGAGAUGUUUGAGAGAGGUUAAUGUCGAUAAUAACACUGUUGGCUGGUAUCAAUCCACAGUUCUUGGAUCAUAUCAGACCGUUGAAUUGAUUGAGACCUUCAUGAAUUACCAGGAGAACAUCAAGAGGUGUGUGUGCAUCAUCUAUGAUCCCUCUAAAGCUGAUCUAGGCGUCUUAGCUUUGAAGGCUUUGAAGCUUUCAGAUUCCUUUAUGGAGCUGUACCGUGGCGGAAACUUUACAGGCGAGAAGUUGAGAGAGAAAAACUUCUCCUGGAUGGAUAUUUUCGAGGAAAUUCCUAUCAAGGUUUCAAACUCUGCGCUUGUCAGUGCGUUCAUGACCGAGCUGGAGACUGAUGCACCUGUCUCGCAGGGUGAUUAUGAUCGUCUACACUCAUCAACCACUCCUUUCCUUGAGAACAAUAUGGAGUUUCUGAUUAAAUGCAUGGACGAUUUAUCUAUGGAACAGCAAAAGUUCCAAUAUUACUACCGGAACCUGUCCCGUCAGCAAGCGCAGCAACAAGCCUGGCUCCAGAAGAGGAGGACGGAGAACAUGGCUCGUAGAUCAGCAGGAGAAGAGCCUUUACCCGAAGAGGAUCCAUCAAACCCAAUCUUCAAGCCGAUCCCUGAACCGUCAAGGCUAGAGAGUUUCCUCAUCACAAACCAAGUCUCAAACUUCUGCGGCCAAAUCAAUGGAGUGGCUGGCCAGAACUUCAGCAGGCUCUACCUGACCAAGGCAUUGCACGAAAACUGAUUACAAGACCAGCCCAAGUUUUUCUUAAAACGGAUCACAUUUUUGUUUCAUCUGGAAAGAAAUUCAGUUUUGUAGUGAAAUCGCAUCAUAAUACAUAAUUUCUGAAGACAUAUUGUUAAAUCUUAAUGAUAAUGCAAACAUUUUAUGUUUAGCC